AUGUUAAUACCUCGGAUAAUUCGUUUAUUAACUAAUUUUUCAAUACAACAAAAACAAUAUUCUUCAUUAUAUAGACAACUUAGCAUAAAAAAUUCUUUUACAACCAUAAAUAAAAAUCAUGAAAUAGAAUUAAAAUUAAAAUCAAUAAAUGAUACACAUGCAACAUUAAUUAUUAAUGGUAAAGAAUGUAAAUAUGAUUGGAUAUUUUUACGAGAUUCAUGUCAAUGUCAUCAAUGUAUUGAUUCAUCAACAAAACAAAAACAAUAUAAUACUACAGAUAUUCCCUUAACUAUUUCUCCACGACAAACAGGAGUUAAAAUUUUAAAUAAUGAUAUUCUUGAAAUACAUUGGAAUCAAUCAUUAUUAAAUGAAAAAAAUUCUAAUAUACAUCGUAGUUUAUAUUCAAGUACUUGGCUUGAAACAUAUUCAACAUCAGAAAAUAUUCAACGUUCAAGAUAUAAUGAUCGUCCAAAUAUUUAUUGGAAUCAAAAUGAUAUUCAACAAGUAAAUUUACAUGUUAAAUGUAAUGAUUAUCUUUAUUCUGAUCAAGGAUUAUAUACUGCAUUAAAAUAUCUUAAUGAUUAUGGUCUUGUUUUUAUUGAUAAUGUACAAGGAGAAUUUACUAUUGAACAUCUUGUUGAAAGAAUAGGUGAAAUUCGUCAUACAUUUUAUGGUAAAACAUGGAAUGUUCGAAAUGUUCAACAAGCUAUUAAUGUUGCUUAUACAUCUCAAAAACUUGGACUUCAUAUGGAUUUAUUAUAUUUUGAAGCACCACCAGGUUUACAAUUUUUACAUUCACUUGCAAAUAAUGUUAAUGGAGGAGCAUCAUAUUAUACUGAUACAUUUCGAGCAGCUGAAAUUCUUCGUCAAAAUGAUCCAGAAGCAUUUCAAAUACUUUGUUCAUAUCCUGUAACAUUUCAUUAUCGAAAUAUUGGUCGACAUUUUCAUUUUACACGUUCAACUGUUGUUUUAAAUAGAUUUUCAUUAGAUAAUCGUAUUGAUCAUAUUAAUUAUUCACCACCAUUUCAAGCUCCAUUUGAAAGUGAUACAUCAAAAUCGGAAUUUCGAAAAUUUAUUCGAGCUUUUCAAUAUUUUCGUGAUUUAAUAGAAGAUCAAAAUAAUCAUUUGGAAUUAGUUUUAGAAAAAGAUCAAUGUGUAAUAUUUCAUAAUCGUCGAAUUCUUCAUGCAAGACGUGAAUUUGAUCCAUCUAGUGGUGAACGAUGGUUUAAAGGAUGUUAUACUGAUCUAGAUAAUUUUAAGGAUAGAUUAAGAAUUUUUCGAGAAAAAUUUGAACCGAUUUCAGAUCUUGAAUUUUAA